GCCAUCAUGUCGACGACGACGACGACGUUGCUGAUCGCGGUCGCGCUCCUGGCGCUGAACCUCGCGCCGGUGCAGGCUGUCGAGUACGAGACCAUCCACACGGAGAACUUUCAGUGGAAGGUUGCUGAUGACAAUGACGUUUGGAUCAUUGAGGUGGCCAGCCGCUUGUGUGCGAGUUGCAAAGAGAUGAAGCCCGAAUUUGCCAAGGUGGCCAAGGAUGAAAAGGCCUUCAAGUUUGGCGUCAUGUACAUGGAGGAUCGCGGGACGGCACAGCUGGCGGCCAAGUUUGAGGGAGUGCUGGACGCUGGUCUGCCGUCUGUGAUUAUGUUGCAUGACAAGGCUGACCCUUACAGCUUUGUGAGCUUGGUGGAGGGCGAUGCCGUCAAGGCGGCCCGUCUCAAGACGCUUAUUCACAAGGCCGCCAAGGAUGCCAAGCUGACCAAGGCCCCAGACGGCCAUUUUGUCAAGAUUGGCGGUGAGAAACGUGGCGAGCUCUAAGGCCCUUGAUUGACGAACGUAUGGCCCUUGAUUGACGGACGUAUGGCCCUUGAUUGACGUAUGGCCGUGCCUGCGGUCUGCCCCAUCCUAUAAGCACCCUAACUUGAUUCGGCGGAUGCACUCGAGUCGUCUCUCCAACAUCAGUCAAACCGUCAAACAGAAUUGGAAUCUGAUCAAUUGAGGUGCUCACGCGUGGGGAGCCUUGAAGAACCG